UCGAAUACAAGUUCAUAUAUAAGAGUGCAAUUUUAGUUCAAACACUUAACAUACAACUGAUUUUUAAAACAAAAAAGUUUAAAAUGUUGACGAAUAUUGUCACUUCAAGCUUCAUUGUUGCGGUAUUUAUUCACAUUUGCAUUUCGGAACCGCACUGUUCUAAAUUUCACUACGAAGAGAAGCUUUUAGAAAAAAUGAUAAGACUUGAAAUUUCUGUGGAAGCAAUGAAAAAGGAAAUUGAAGAGUCUCGGAACCAAGUAACGACAACUCUUGGUAAUCUACAAACAGAAAGAAGCACAUGGGAGAAGACACUACUGACCAUGAAAGACACAAGCGUUACAGCAUUAGACACUGCCAUUCAAGAGACAAAAACACAAGUUCAAGACGAACUGAAGGUACUAGCAGCCGAGAAAGAAAGAUGGAAUAAAAAACUAAAGGACAGCGUGAAAAUACCAGAAGUCGUUUUAUUCUCUGCUAGACGUCCCAAACAUAACACACCAACAAGCGGACAAACAAUGAUUUUCACAGAGAUCAUCUUAAAUAAAGGCGACGCUUACAAUAAAGAGAAUGGUGUAUUUACCGCUCCUUAUACUGGCGUUUAUAUCUUUACUGUACAAUUCUGUGUGUAUCCGGGAAAGCGUGUUGAUUUUGCCUUCAUGGCCAAUGACAAGCCUUUUAAGAUAGCACGGAUCCAAAGACACAGUAGUAGUAACUUUUCCUGCCACAGCUUUGAUGCCAUGACCAUUGUUAAUAAAAAUGAGAAUGUGAAAAUUAAGAUUGUAUAUGUAUAUAGCUAUAGUUCAGUUUCUAUACUGGAUGAGAACGAUAGUCAUUACUGGAACACAUUCUCUGGUCGUUUUAUUCAACCGAUUUAG